AUGUUUGCCCGCAAGAAGAUUGCUCUGACGCAUUUUGCCCAAGGGCUCUUUUCCAGAAUGGGACAAGUGCUCAAAUGGGACAACUGUCAGAAUGGAACAGCUGCCCGAAUGGGAUUAGUGCACAAAUGGAACAAGUGCCCGUAUGUAACAAGUGACCAAAUGGGACAAGUGCCCAAAUGGGACAACUCGAAAUGGGUACAAAAGAAUAAUGAAGAUCAUGAUGAACAUAGUGAUGACAACGUCUACGACGACGAUGAUGACGAUAAUGAGGAGAAAGAGGAAGAUGACGAUUAUGAUGAUGAGGAGGAUCAUGAUGAAGAUAAUGACGAUGAUUAUGAUGACAACGACGACGACGACCAUGAUGAUGAUGAUAGAGAUGAUCUGAAUGAGGAUGAAGAUGCUGAUGAGAGUAAGGAUGAUGAUGAUGAUAAGGAGGACCAUGAUGAAGAUAAUGACAAUGUUUAG